AUGAUAUCACAUAUUCUCACCAUACUAAUAUUCACAUCAGCCGCUGUUGGAGCUCCGCACCGCUACGAAAAGCCACAAGCACAACUUCCUCUCCGUGGGGAAUUCGUUCAUUUCGUGAAAGAAAGAAUUUAUCAUGUCAUUGAUUCUUCGAACGACGCCCCGCCCAAAUAUAUGAUGAUUUAUGUUACACUGACCGCCUGCCACGAAAACAGAACUUCGCAUCGCAUCAUUUCAGGACAUGUACAAACAACAUGGGAAGAAGAAACUUGUGGAACCGAAUAUAUGCAAAAAUGGUGUCAAGAGAAUCCCGGAAAUCUCAUUACAGUGAUGACUGGUGUCGAGAAAAUGAAUACAUCAGCAAUGGCACAAUUCAGAUGCAAAAUGUCUGAAGCUGACGACGAGCAGUCAAUUAUUGUUGAAAACAUUGAAACCGAAUGGAUGAAGAGAAUUGUUCCUCUCAUGAUUGUUGUAUUUAUUCUGGCUGUCAUUUACAAUUUCCGAAGAGCAUGUAAAGAGCAAGAGGAGAAAGGAAAACUGGCAAACGCGAUUAAAAUUGUUGUCGAUAACAGUAUGGAUACCAUCACUCUUGAUUCCUCUCGUGAUGAAAAAACUCGAAAGGAAUAUGCUCGAUUCGACGAUGAUUCUGAUCCAUCACUUGGAACUUUGUUCACUCUCUAA